CGUGAUAUGGAUUUAAGAUCACUUUUAACGGAAGAUCAAAGCAAUGUACUUUUUACGAGUUUGGUAACUUCGUUCAGAGAGCUAAAGAAUGCAGAUUAUGUCUUUAGGGUGCUUGUCCCUGAGGCCAUCAUAUAUCUUUUUGCAAAGUUUAUGCUAGUUUCUAGAAUUCAAGCAGAAGUGACUUUAAAUGCAUAUAUUUCAAAGCGAAAUACAGAGGUUUUGCAAGAUGAAUCAAGUGAUUCAGAAUGCUCAUUGGUUAAUGUAAAGGAUUUCACAGAAACUUGCAUUGUUCUGUCUGAGAGUGAGGUACUUAAUGAUUAAUUACUAGUAGUUUUUAUUGCAUCUUAAAUUUUUUAAAUAUCAUU